UAACAAAGAGCCAGCGACCAAGAAACCUAGAACUUGACCUUUUCCCGUCGUGCAUAUAAUUAUAGAUCUAUCUAAUGCGCAUGCGCUCGCAUCAUCAGCUGUUAAGUUCUUCGCGUUGGAUGACCAAUCAAGUUCAGGUAGCUAUGACAACGCAUUGGGCGUUUUGAAAUUUGAAAGUCCCCCAAGCGAAAUCUAACGCCCAGAGUCAAAUCGCUUCGAGCAAAACUGGAACGAGAAAUCAGAUCGGCCGCUCAUCAUGUCUUCCCCAGUGUUGGCCGAUCGGUCCGCCACCUUAUUCAAGACGCCGACGACAAGCAGCAGAUGCAGCACCCAGGGCGGUGCCUGGACGGCCGACGGCAGAACUGCAACCACCACUCCGGCUCUCAACUCUGCCGCCUGCACUCCCCGGCGGCCGAUCGCCGGCGAGUUCCGCACCCCGAGAUCCAGGAGGAGGACACCGGGCGGGGAUCGGUUCAUCCCCAGUCGAUCUGGCGCGGAUCUCCAGUUUUCUGCCUAUACCAUCCGCUCGGCAAAGCGCAGAAGACUAGCAGACGGCGGCAGCGAAACCUGCAGAGCCGAGAACGGCAGCGGCAUAGCCCGAACGCCGCUGGCGGCCGAUCCCGACUCCGCGCGGAGGAGAGAGAAGCUAUUCGCCCUGAGGGGACGCAGCUCGGAGAGCCGAGUUCUGAACAUCAAACAGAUCACUGCUUCUGCCGGCACCAACCACAACGAUGCCUACUGGAAGGACUACAGUCUACCCACACCUAACUCUACCUCUGCAAGAAAAGCCGUGAGGAAAUAUCCCAAGACUGCAGACAAGAUCUUGGAUGCUCCCAACCUCAUUGACGACUUCUAUCUGAAUGUGAUGGACUGGAGCCAGAGAGGGACGCUGGCCAUUGCACUGGGGAGUGCGGUCUACCUGCUGGAUGCAGAGACAAGCGACAGCACCAGUCUCUGCAGUACGGGCAGCGAGAACAACUACGUCUCGUCUCUCCAGUGGAACAAGACUGGCCAGUAUCUUGCUGUUGGAGACAGCAAUGCCGACAUUCAGCUCUGGGACGUCGAUGCCAAGAAGCUCGUGCGGACCAUGUGCACCCACAACUCUCGAGUCAACGCCCUGGCCUGGAAUCCUCGCACCCACCUCCUCUCCUCCGCCUCCCAGUCAGGCAAAAUUCACAACUACGACGUCCGCCAGCCCCAGUUCCACGUCGGUUCGGUCGACGGUCGGUCUCGGGACAUCUGUGGUCUCCGGUGGUCUCCCAGUGGUCGAUUCCUGGCCAGCGGAGGAGACGGUAACAUGGUGUGUCUGUGGGACACUCACUCCAGGGAUCCAUGGACCUCCCCUGCACAUGUACUCAGGGAGCACACUGCUGCAGUCAAAGCUCUGAGUUGGUGUCCCUGGCAGCCAAACCUCCUGGCCAGUGGAGGAGGCUCCGCCGACCAGAACAUCUGUCUCUGGAACGCCUGCACUGGACAGCUACUGGACAAGAUACACACUGGCUCUCAGGUCAUUGGUCUGGUGUGGUCGUCCCAGCACAGAGAGCUCCUCUCCUCCCACGGCCACCCCCACAACGAGCUCCUCGUCUGGAGCUACCCGUCCCUCUCCCGUGCUGCCUCCUCCGUGGCCACCAGGGCAGGAUCCUUCAUCUUGCCCCGAGUCACGACGGAAACAGCGUAGCCAGCGCCGGUGCAGACGAAACCCUUCGUUUCUGGAAGUGUUUCGCGACAGCUCCUGGCUCCCAACCCACGACCAAGGGACCAGCGUCAGAUAGGGGGAGGAGUCUACUGAGGCCUGAACCACUCGAAAUGCCGGGCUACAUACUGUAAUGUAUGUACCUCUCCCCACUCCAGACUUGGAUCUAUGUUUUAUGUUUUGUCACAACGGAAAAGUGACUAAAAUCGACUGCACCACUAUGACCCCUACAGACAACUUCAUCUCAAUCCCCUUAAUCCCAAAAGUGGAAAUCUCCCCACAUCAUCUAAUCUCUUCAUAGUAAACUACUUGCGUAUUGACUGUAGCCGACAGUACAUACAAAUUCAAUAGCUGCCGCAAUAGUAGCUUUACAGUAAGGCAACUCACAGGCUUUGCACUUCGCAGCUUGCAGACCUAAAACUGACUUGUAAUUUUGAACACACUUUUGUCCUCAGAACAAAUAGCUUAAAAGACAGCUAUGUACAAGUAUAUAGCAGUCUCAAAAUUUACUCUAUAUAGCAGCUGAGCUUGCUGUAUGUAGAAGUUCUGAGCUUCCUGAAAAGAUCUCUAGGAAACAGUUACACACUACCUCAACAGCAGAGCUUUAACGACAGCCCCAGCCUCCAACUUAGCUCUGCCCUCACUCCUAGCAGGCAGCUCCAGUAGGACAUCGGCCGACCGCAUGCUGAGCAAACGACUGCUGCACUGACUCCCCGUGGUGGACACCGAGGGAAGAAAUUGGUCGUCAGAGGAGGGGCUCCAGUUGACGAGGGCUCUCUGGUACUCUGGUCUUUGAUCGAGGGAGAUAGAGUGCUCCAACUAUGGGCCAAUGAGGGUUCAGGGCAUACAGAAAGCGUACAGUGGAUGGUAUUUCCACUCCCACCCUGUACUCCCUCCCUGUGCUGCUGACCUUGACAAAGAUGGGUGAGAGGUGGGGGUGUCUCCAGCCAGCCAUCUUCCUCAGAGCUGGCACCACAAACAGGUAGAAGCUUACCACUGAAGACACUGGGUUACCUGGAAGAGCAAACACUAGCUUUGUUUUUCCACCUCUGUUGACGGUAGCAAAGGUUGUUGGUUUC